CUGUUCUUUUGUUGUUUUGAACACUGCAGACCACAAAUAAACACGCCUUUGAUUUCCUCUUUGGCCUGUACUUUUCGUUUCUCACGUAACCUUUUCUGUUUCUCUCUUUCUGCUGGAUGGAGUUCAGGAAUCCCUCCACAGCUUUCUUCCAAGCCUUCCAGUCUGCCAGUAGGCUGAAGGACUCAGAGAUGACCUGUGAUAGUGCCUCUGGAGCAAGUGUGGUUGCCAUUGAUAAUAAAAUAGAACAAGCAAUGGAUUUAGUGAAAAGCCAUCUGAUGUACGCUGUGCGGGAGGAGGUGGAGGUGUUGAAGGAGCAAAUCAAGGAGCUCUACGAGAGAAACUCUGUGCUGGAGCGAGAGAACGCAGUGCUCAAGUCUCUGGCCAACAACGAGCAGCUCUCACAGCUCCCCGUCCAAUCCAGCUCCAGCGCCCCCGUCCCGGGCCAAGCCCAGCCCCAACCCCAACCCCAACCUCAGCCUUACCUUCAGCUGGACUCCAACCAGAGCGCAGACUCCCUGCUGCCGCAGCCCAGCGUCACCUCCACCUGAAGCCUGUGCAGAAACCCAUCUCGUUCACUCGGACCACGCUCGCCCCUUUCCCCCCCGCCCCGGACCAGCUGGAGAAAUUGUGAAGAGAGUUAUUUUUUUAAUAAAGAGAAUCCAGCCAUGAAAGAGGUGUAUUUUUUAGCGUAAGAAGCGAGAGUCUAUUUUCAGAGCCACCGUACUUCGUGUGAUUUCCAUUCACCAGUCAAUUCAAUUGUACUGUUUGUUAUUUAUUAUAGGGCUGCUAUUUUCCGAGAGGAACAAUGUCACAGAACCCUUCGAUCCGACAGCGAGCGGCAGUCUUACCGUAUCGAUCAUCAGUGCAUGCGUAAGCGGUGACCGAGUAGCAGUGGGUAGAGUGUAAACACUAACAGCGACGUUUCUCUGUGGAUUAAGAAUGUGAACCUGGUGUGAAUGUACAUUUUGUAUAGUGUAAAGAUAAAAAUAGAGCGUAACAAGUUUGUACAGGUUUGUGGGCGAAGAUCUAAACUGAAUCCUCAAUGGUCUACCCUGAUGAAGAAAGCUUGUAGGAUGUUGGAAAAAGAAGUUAGUUGCCAUAUUCUCCUGCCCCCUACUCUGACGUCUGGUAUGUUUUUGGGUCGGGAAGGGGAUUGAAAAGAAAAAACAAACUGUGAAGUUGUUCAACCUACUUUGUAACCAAAGAUUCAAAGCUGUGUAUUCCAUUUUUUCAUUUUUUGUUUGUUAUGCACACUCUAUGUACUUUUUUUUUUUUCUCACAGCAAACUUUUGUGUUGCUUUUAGGCAUGUUCUGCAUGAUCUGUAAAAGUCAAACCACUUUCUUACCUCAUUUGUAUUGGGCACUCGCAUUGUAAGUAGUCUGUGAAUAGUGUCGGCGGGGGAAGGAGAUAUGGAGGCGAUGGUGAGGAGAUAAAACAGACUAGUGUGUGUGAGACGCACUAGCCACAGAAAAUGAAGUGAGCCAUGUUUCGUUCAUUUAAAUGGUGUUUGAAUUUCAUAUGCCAAUAGUUUUGUUACAUUGCAAAUUUUAAUGUAUUUAAAUAAAUGCAAUAUUCAAAUUACAAAA